AUGACAAUUCGUGAUAAGAACAUGAAUGAUCCUGAUGAAUGUCAAAAUAAAAUGGUCACAGAACUACAAGAGUAUGCCCGAAAUGACCCAGCUGUUGCCAUUUACCUCAGACCUCAGACGUACAGCACGGGGACGUGUAAAGUAGAACCAGUGGUGGAAGGGUUGAAAAAGUUUGGUCAAUGCGUUGCGGAAGUGGACCCAGAAAUGGCGGCGGGGUUUCUGGCCCUUCGCACUGAACACAUGUCUGACACCGACACCGAAGACUAAUACAUUACCACAAUAGACGGCAUUCAUUACUCGUCUGAUAUCAUUGAUGUCACAACCGGUGGCUGA